AUGAUUGGAACGGGUGCCACCGGCAUCCACAUCGCCCAAGAGGUUGCAAAGACAGCCAAGAAAUUCACAAUAUUUCAACGCACUGCCAACUGGGCUGUCCCCAUGCACAACAAACUUAUUUCCGCUGAGGAUAUGGCCGAUAUUAGAAAGAGGUAUGCGGAAAUUCAUGCCGCUUGCACAUCCAAUCCUCAAGGGUUUCAUUUCGGACCUGAUCCGCGCAAUACCUUCGAUGUACCGAAAGGGGAAAGAGAAGCAUUCUGGGAAUCUCUUUACAGUCAACCUGGUCUAAUCAAAUGGGUCGGAAACUUCAAGGACCUCUAUCGAAACCAAGCGGCGAAUGACGAAUACAGCGCUUGGGUCGCCAACAAAAUCCGACAUCGCGUUAACGAUCCCGCUGUAGCCGAAAAGUUAAUUCCCAAAGACCACGGAUUCGGCACACGCAGAGUACCUCUUGAGACCAAUUACUUUGAAAUUUACAAUCAGGAAAAUGUACGACUAGUUGAUCUCAAGUCCACUCCGAUAGAAAGAAUUACGGAGAAGGGCCUCAAGACCAACGAGGAGGAUUUCGAAUUUGAUAUCUUGAUUUACGUAACAGGCUUCAACCCUGUCACGGGCGCAUAUGAGGGGAUCGAUUAUCGAGGCGAACAUAGCCUGGACCUAAAAGAAAAAUGGGCCGAUGGUCCAAAAAGCUAUCUUGGAUUCAGCGUCUCCGGUUUCCCAAACAUGUUUACAGUGCUCGGACCUCACCACACUGCAGGCAAUCUUCCUCAUUCAAUCGAGCUCGCGGUUAAUUGGGUUUACCAGCUUAUCAAGCAUAUGAUAGAAAGGGGUAUUGUCUAUGAAAUGGUGGACGAGGAAGGCGAAAGGCAGUGGAGCGAGCAUUGCAAUGAAGUGGGCAAGGGUCUCUUGGCUCUCAAUGUCGACUCUUGGCAGACAGGUGUCAAUCAUAAUGUCCCGGAAAGCAGAAGAGGUCAAUUCCUCGAUAUUUUGGUACCAAUAAUCAAGUUCGUCAGUGGUGUUUGGAUGAGGUUAGUCGGGGUUAUCCACAUUUCAAGUUCCGCAAAUAAGUCUCUACGAACGGGAUAG